AUGUUAGAUGAUGCACUUUGGGCAUUCAGGACAGUCUAUCGUACUUCUACAGGUAAACAGAGGCAAUGGCAGCUCAAUGACUUGGAUGAGUGGCACCAGCAAGCUUAUGGCAACUCAUUCAUCUAUAAGGAGCAAACUAAGAAGUGGCACGACAAGCGAUUGAGGGGCUCCAAGGAGUUUCAAGUUGGGGACCGAGUUUUGCUUCAUAAUUCAUGUCUCCGUUUGUUCCCAGGAAAGCUCAGGAGUUGUUGGUCAGGACCGUUCAUGAUCCAACAGGUGUUCCCAUAUGGCACAGUUGAGUUGCAUCAUCCCAAUAAGGGAAGUUUCAAGAUGAAUGGCCAUCGCUUGAAGCAUUAUCAUGGAGACUCGCUUGAGGUUGAGGAGCGGGUCAAUAUGCUUUUGUUCUAA